AUGACGGCGGUUGCAACGGCCCCAUUUAUCGAUGCCAGUCACAGCUCUGGUGUACUCAUUACGGGUGGAAAUUUCAACCAGAGUAUUGUUCACAGGGAUGUUGGCGUUGGGAAAGGAAUUAAAGCCCUCUAUACCCACGCCGACCCUGGUUUGUUCCACAACUCACGCGAGCGGGGGAACAUUCCCAGCCUAUGCGAUCGUUGCAAAUCUCCCAUACCUACAGAGGAGGACGAAGAGCUUGUCACCCGAAUCGCCGGCCGGCUGCUGUUGCCCGGCGCACCGGGGCGGCUAUUGGGCAGCAUCUUCCUCCCGCCCGUCGUCCAUGAAACCGACGCCAUCCUCUACCGUCUUGUCCCCACCAUCGCAUUCCAGAUCGCAAUUAGCAUUCCCGAAACUCGGCAAUCCAUCGACUCUGCGGUCCUCAACGACCCAUCGAUAUCAACAGGGCGCUCGACGUGCAAGUGCGGCAGCUCAUCGAACUUCCACUCGCAAGUGCCUUGGCUGCAAGUACCGAGGAGGAGCGCGCCAGAGCGCAGACGUGAGUUCAAUGUCGACGAGCUUUGUCGACUUGCGGCCAAGUCUGUCGGUCGGAGUUUUCAAGAUAUCGACACAUUUGUGAAGCUCGCCGAGGGCGGCUUCAACCGGACGUUCCUUAUCACCAUGCACGGCGGCUUCGAGAUGGUAGCCCGCAUCCCGUACCCCGUCACGGUCCCCAAGGUCUACGCCAUCGCUAGUGAAGUGGCCACAAUGCGUUUCCUCCGUUCCUCAGCUGGGCUGCCUAUUCCCGAGGUGUACGAUUACUCUCCUUCGUCGGACAACGCUGCGGGGACGGAAUAUAUUUUCAUGGAGUUUAUGAGAGGUACGCAGCUCAGCGACGUGUGGCUGGAGCUGGAGGAGCCGGAUGUCGUUUCGGUCGUGCGGCAACUUGCUCAACUCGAGUCUCGCAUGAUGGAGAUUCGUUUUCCGGCGGGGGGAAGCCUCUACUAUACCAAUGACCUGGAGGAGGUGGCAGGGAGGACGGUGGGCAUCCCGCUCGACGACGAGCGCUUCUGCGUCGGUCCAGAUGCCAGGCUGCAUAUGUGGUACGGAAGGAGGUCGCAGCUCGACGUGGACAGGGGACCAUACGAAAACGCCGAGGCAGCGCUCGUAGCAGGAGCUCGCAAGGAACUGGCAUAUCUAGAACGGUUCGGUCGACCGCUACUACCGUUCCAGCGUGAAAGAAGGGAGGCGUACGGGUACAAGGAGCAGUCACCGUCGGACCACACCAAGAAUCUCGAACGCUACCUUCUCAUCGCACCCUCGCUCAUCUCCAAGAAGAACCCAGCCCUCCAUCAUUUCUGUAUCCGCCAUCCCGAUCUCCAGCCGAGCAACAUCAUCGUGUCGAAGUCGUCGUCCGGCUCUGACCAGUUGAAAAUCGUGGGCCUGCUCGACUGGCAACACGCCUCGAUCCUACCCCCGUUUCUCCUCGCUGGUAUACCAGGUCGCUUGCAGAACUACGAUGACCCGGUCUCGCAGGCUCUCGUCCCACCCUCGCUGCCGGCGAACAUGGACGAGCUGGACCCAUCCGAGCAGAGCCACGCGAUAGGACUCUACCACCGCCGUCUCGCCCACUUCCACUACGUCAAGAACACGGAGGCGUACAACAAGCUCCAUCACGAUGCGUUAUCGGACCCCGUGUCCGUGUUCAUCCGCCGCCUUUUCGACCAGGCCGGUGCUCCGUGGGAGGGCGAGACUCACGCGCUGAAGACUGCGCUGAUAGAGGCAACGGAGAUAUGGGGGAGGCUUACGGGGGAUUCGGGUGUGCCGCCAUGUCCAGUCGCGUUCGAACCCGGGGACCUGCGCAAGACGAAGGAGCUGAGCGCGAAGCUGCGAGUAGCGGACGAGAAUUUUGAGAGGUGCCGAGGCAUGGUUGGCUUCGAGACGGAGACCUGGGUGUCCAACGAACACUACGAGAUGGCCGUGGCCCUCGCCGAGCUGUUAAAGCUGAAGGUGUUGACGGCGAUCCCGAAGGAAGUCCGAGCUAAGACUGAGGCACAUUGGUUCUUGGAUGAUAUGGACGAAAAGGAUUACAUGUAA